UAAAAAAAAAAAUGACUGAAUUACAGGCAUUUAGUGAUCAUCCCUAAAAGAGUUUUCCCUGUAGUUAUUUCAGCCCAAUUUGACGAUUAAGACCCAUUGUAAACAAUAUUUGGGGUUCAAAACGAAAUCUCAAACGUUAUUUGAACUGAAAACCCGAUCGCAUAACUUGAAUUUUUCGCACAAGCAAUAACUUCCUUAUAGACGGAAGAACAGAGGAAGAAGCCGGUCUUUUCAAACCUCCACCGCGCGCGCCCAAAAACCACACACCAUCGAAGCAUACUAUCGCUUUGAACAUUAUGAAUCCUAAAAUACACGGUUCAUUUUACUCUGCUUAAACUAAAAGAUAUAGGACCGCUGAAGCUAUAUUAGUUCUGGCGCAAAAACAUCGGUGACGCACAUUCUUUAGGUAAUUCGGAAAUAGGCCUCAGUUGAUUUCAAGUGGCGAGGAGGUUGGAAUGGAAAUUUUACGAAGGCGACUAAAUCAAUUUUAAUUGUAGUUUAGAAAACUUUUCUCUCGCGUGGUGACUUUUGUUACGAUGGCAUUUGUUAAAGAAACGAUGCACAGUGCGUUAGAAUGGGACGGAUGAUCAGCAAAGACGAUUUCUGGACGAUUUUUGAUCCUAGAUAAGGCUGAAGAAUUUCCACGCGAUACAAGGGUAUGAGAUUCAAUAACGUCACAACAACAGCCAGUUUCACAGCCACAUUAAGAGAUUCUAAAAAGAGCACGGAGCAUCUGGAAUGGGUGUUUAUUCUCGUGGCUGUAGUUGGCGGAAUACUCUUUGGCGUGGUUGUUCUUCUCCUCGUGUAUCACGCGCGUGGCAGGUGUAAACGGGAAAAAAAGCCAGAAAGAACGGUGCCUCGGGUGUCAUUCAAACUCCCGCCACCAAAACUGGAGGCAUUCGCGAUUGCCACGCAGACGAGAUAUCCACAGCAAGAGCAAGAAGGACUGGAGGAAUAUCUGAAUCCUGAGAUCUAUAGAGAAGAGGAGAAGGAAGCAGGGUCACCCUUCACAGGCUCAGCUAGACUCUGCUUUUCAUUACGUUACGACAAAUUCAAUGAAGAACUAAUGGUGUGCCUCAUUCGAGCCACGCGCCUAAGCCCAAUUGGUGAAAAUGUCACCGUGACGCCGUACGUAAAAAUAUUUCUUCUACCGGACAAGAGACGCAAAGUUCAGUCCCGAGUGCUGCGUAGAACUUCAAAUCCUCAGUUCUUUGAAGAUUUUAUAUUCAUGGUUCCACCCGACGACUUACCUAACAGAACACUGGAAUUCACUGUGUGCGAAUUCGACCGAUUUUCCCGCCAACAGGUCAUUGGUCACGUGACGUAUCCUCUUAAAGGGGUAAAUGUGUCGACGUUGCCACAAGGGACGGGAGAGAUCUGGGUCGAUAUCAAGAGCGAAGAUUUCAAGAGUGGCGUGGACAAGGGAGAAUUGCUGUUUUCCCUUCAGUUCCUUCCUACUGCAUGCAGACUUACAGUAGCUGUUCUCAAGGCUAAAGAUUUGAAGUUAAAUGGAGACGGAACAGAUUUAGAUCCAUAUGUCAAAGUGUCCAUGAUAAUGGGAGGAAAAACCUUAAAAAAGCGAAAAACAGUUAUCAACAAGAAGACUGCAUUUCCGGUGUACAACGAAGCGUUUGUCUUCACCAUUCUUCCCACGUGCCUCGAUCGUGUCAGUUUCAUGUUGUCUGUGUACACGGUACCGAGGCUCGGAGGAUCAAAGAAACUGAUUGGUCGAGCAGUUGUUGGACCAUACAUGUAUUCUACCGGUCAAGGGCUCGCUCACUGGAACGAUAUGAUUUCUUCGCCUCGAAGUGCUGUAGCACAGUGGCACACGCUUAUAUGAGGUGGUAACAGACGAUAAUGACAUUGAGUUUCGAAUCUAGUGCCACGCUUGCCUCAAUAUGAAAGCUAACCCCAACCCUAAAGGUAAACCUAAGCAUACCGGAGUGCUAUUGAAGCUAACAUGAGAGCUAAUCAGGUUAACUGGAGUGCUAAUCAAGGAUCAAGCUAAACAGAGUGUUAUUCAGGCUAACCGCCAUACUAAUCAAGCUACUGGCGGAGUGCUGUUGAGACUAAAAAUAACUCGACUUCGGUAUUUUUAACUUGAACACACGAAAUAACAGCACUAGACAGAAAGUCGCCUUCGUAAUUUUCCAUAUUACAAACUUGUCAAAGGCUUGACUCAAACUGGCUGCAAAAGCCUUGCUCACGCAGCAUCAGGGCAGCGUCGUUUUAACAUGUAUGAGUCGAUAUAAGCAAAACAAAAAAAGCAACAACAACAAAACAUUUAUCAAAUAUAGUGCACAAAGGUGUUGUUGAUAUUGUUGGUCUGUUUCAAAACAGAGGACCUCGAGUCUCGAACUAAAACCACGAUGACGAAAGUACCCACAAGAUGUGAAAUAUGAAACAGCAUAGAGAAUUAAAUCAGUCCUUUUUAACGACAAGAGGCUACAAGAAGGAUCCAUCUUCCCAUUAAUGGGAUGUAACUACUGUAGAUAAUUCAUCAGUUAAUAGCGGUUACUAUGUUUUAACGAAAUGUUAGUAUAUUUAAUGAUGUUUAAUGUACAUCAUUUCAAAAAAUAACAAUGUGUUAUUUUUACCAUUUUUAUAUUCAAUUACUGAUUUUUGAUAGUUAUAUGACAGAGGUGAAGCUACAAAACGUUUAGAAAACUGAAUACCGCAAAUACCAAACAAACAAACUCGGCGUUAGGUAGUAUUUCCCCUAACAGUUAUAAGGUCUUAUAAGACAGCACUGCGGUCUACAACAAGCCAGUCUACUGCACAAUGUUAGCUUUAUAUUUAUAGAAAACUCUUAAAUAUUCAUUUGAUAUAAUAGUGUUCUGCUCUGUUGAAAAACACGCUAUGUAGAUGAGGGAGUCACAAUGGCAUGAAAAGAAAACAAGAUUACAGGAGUUGUCUUCACUUUUAAGCUCCGUCGACCACACGGCGCCGGAGAUAUUUGAAAACGGUGUUUUCAGUCUGAAACUGCAUCAAAUCUUUUCCGUCCACACUACGCCAGAGAAAUUUAAGAACGCAACAAUCACCGGUCACUUUGCAUUUGUGUUUGAGGAAAACUCGUGCAGGGAAAUCACAUCGUUCUCGAAACUGCUCCGCCGUUUUCAACAUUUUUUCUGUCCACACCAAAACGCUAAGCCGGCGUUUUCAAAUUCCUCCAGUUCGAAGAACGUUUUCGCCGGAAUUGGCUCCGUUUUCGUGACGGAUUAGUUGGACGGUAGGCCAAAUCGUCAAAAUAAAAUUGCGUUUUCAAUUUUUCCGCCGUAGUCUGGAUGGGGCCUCAUAAAUGGCAAACUAUUUGAAGCUUUUUUUUCCUACUAUGGCCGUAUGUUCGGGAUACGGGAUAUUUGGGUAAAACAAUUAACGGGAAUCGGGAUAUUUGGGGGACUUAUUUUAGGGAUAUGGGAUGGUAAAGGAGCUCAGUCACGGUUUGCGCAUAUUGAAAAGUUUAGCCCCAAU